UUUAAUGUCUAAUAACUCGUAUAGGUUAGUAACUCCGAGGUUAUUGAGCAUGUGAAUUAAUGUUGUUAUAAUGUUUAAACAACUUACAAGCUAAUCUGAUCAUGCUGUUGAAUUGAUGUAUGUAAAUAUUCCAAGCGAUUUAUUAUUUAUAUUCGUAAAUAUAUGUAUAUAGCAUCUCGGUUGAGGUUUGAAUAGUAGAAAGAUGGCAGAAGAGGGUAAGAAAAUUUCUUUUGGUUUUGUAAAAUCUAUUAAGAAGCCUGUGUUAAGGAGUACUGUACCUCAAGAAGAAAAAAAAGUUGAUUACAUUGAAUGUCUUGACGAGAAGGGUAUUAAAGUAAUAGGAGAAGAGGAAAAGAAAGAUGAACCCCUUGUUAUUCCAUUGCUAGGUUCAAAAACAUGGCAUGAUAGAAUUAUUAAUAAAAUUGAUGCUGAUAUUUUUGAACCUAAGACAAAGGAGGAACCAACAGAUGAUAACGCCAAGCAGGAGGGAAAGGUUGAUGUACCUAAUGGCAGUGUAUUGCCACAGAUUUCAGUAAAAGAAGAAGUAAUAGAGAAUGAUGAAAAUAAAGCUGUUACUUUAGAAGAACAAGCAGCUAAAGAAAUCAUUGAAGAUCUCAACUCUAAGGAAAAGGAAGAACAAAGCGAAACAAAAACAUUGACUUUAUCUUUAACAGACGAUCCAUCAUUAAGAGGCACAGAGCAGUCUACAUUAGAAGACUAUGAUAAAAUUCCUGUUGAUGCUUUUGGAUUAGCAAUGUUAAGAGGAAUGGGAUGGCAACCUGGCAAGGGAAUUGGUAAAAAUGAGAAAGUAGUAUCAGCUGUUAUACCUGAAUUACGUCCGAAAGGUAUGGGCCUAGGAGCAGACAAAGUGGCAUUACAAAAGAACAAUACAGAUUCUAAGAAGCAGGAGGAAGAACUUAAAAUUGAGAAAGGGACUUUCGUGAAAAUCAUAGCUGGGAAACAAAGCAAUAACUAUGGACAAAUAGAGGGAUUUGACGAGGACGCUGGAAGGCUGAUAAUAAAACUAGCUCUUGGAGGGAAUAUUAUUUCUGUCAAUGAAUUCAUGGUGCAACCUGUAACUAAAUCCGAAUAUUCAAAGAACUCGAAAGUUCUAAAUGUAAAGAAAUACGAAGAAUAUAAGGAUAAGGCAUCCACGGAACUAAAGCAUAAAGCUGUUGAAAAGAAAAAAUCAGCUUCUUCUGUAUCCUCGGGAGGUUCCGAAGAUGAUGAUAAAAAUAACGUGGGCGAUAAGAAGAAGGAAGAUAUUUCGUGUAAUAGAAAUAAAUAUGACAAAAAAUCAAAAAGGCGGAAAAGGAUAUCAGAAUCUGAUAGCGGUGACGACGACAGUGAUUAUGGAAAACGGAGAAGAAGAGGAAGGAGUGCAUCUAGUAAUAGUGAUUCUUACGAAUCAAAAAAAUCGAGGAAAUCAAAGAAGCACAAAAGAAAUUCGCCAGAAAGGUCAAGUAAAAAACAUAAGAAAAAAGAUAGAGAAAGAGAAAAGACGAAGGAUAGAAAAUCCAGAGAUUUUACAGACAAACGGAAACACAAAAAACGAGGAAGAUCAAGAUCUCGAUCAUUUAGUAAGCGGUAACAUUUCUUGGAAAUGGAUUCUGCUGUUUUACUUUCGCGACCGACUGUAUAAUUUUGUUUAUAUACAUUUUGUAAUAAAACAUAUUUUUGCAAAAUCA